UCUACGCUCGUUUCCGGCAACAGCUGAAAAUGGAAACAGGGCCUGGUGCAGAAGCAAGAGAACAGAUACAACGAUGUCAUACACGUGGACGGAAUUGGACAAAACCUUUUUCAAACUAGUAGCAGCACGGCCCGCACUAUUCAAAAAGUGUUCGAUCAGGCACAGCAUCGUGCGGGAAUCGUGGACUGAAGUAUCGGAAGAAAUGUGUAAAUUAGGUCAUGAUAUAUCACCAAAGGGCUGUAAUGAUAAGUUUGUUAAAGUACGAAAGUCAUUUAAGAAGACGUAUAAUGAUCGGAAAUUGAAUCCGUUAAUUAGGUCAAAAUACUUGGAUGGCACUUUAAAAUUUUUGGAGGACGAAAUUGAAAAAGAAAAGAGAAAAAAGAAAUCUGGUGGUUUUCAUAUCCCUCCGGUGUUGGCGUCAAAAAGUGCAACUGGUAAAGGUUGGGAUAGUGAUACAACGGAUGAAGAAAGUGACACAAAUUAUGAGGAAACAACAUCGAAUGUAUCUCGGGAUGAAAAACAGUCUUUGAUAAAAAGAAAAAUCAAUGUUGAUGAGGCUAGUAAUUCUGAAGAACCCAAAAUAAAAGCUGCAUGUUAUAAAAGUAAUGCUUCUAUAAUUAAACUAAGUUCGACAUUGACCUUUGCUAAGGACGGCGAUGAGAAGACAAAGCCAGACAUUAAGGAUUUUGCUGUAGUGCAAGAACUACCUUCUACUGCUUCUGAAAUAAGUUCUCAAUGUGAACUAAAAGAUAUUAGUAUCACAGGGUCACAUUCUGCUGAUAUGUCCAUGGAAAUAUGUAAAAAUGAAACGUUGCCUGAAAAUGACGACCCCAGCGCAAAAGUAGAGAAAAUUAAGAAAGAAGUAAGUAGUAUUCUAGACGUGAAUUCUGAAGAAGAUGAUAUAAAAUUAUUCUUUAGUGAAAUAUGUGAUUAUGUGUUAAAUUGUUAUACGCACGAUGAAGAAAUAGAUAUUCGUUGGAAAGUUUUUUCUGUAUUAAGCGAAGCUGAAAAGGAAGAUUCCACUAUUUCUGAUUAAUUAUUUAUUUAAUUCCGAAUAAUACAAUCCAAUAUUUUUUAAAUUUAAUAACGAAUUGUUAAUUUUGUGAUAAGAAAUAAAUAAUGUAAUGUAAUUUCA